CAGUACAUUUAUUAAUGAAGCACAAAACUGAAGUAAAAUAAGUCAGGCUAUCAUCACAAAAUUAAUUAGGGACAGCAAUAGCUUUCAGUAAAAUCCAUAUAAGCAUAAUAUCACAACCGGCCAGGCAAACUGCUUCACUUUAGGGUUAAAGUUUCUUCAUCAAGUGAAUCAUUUGCUAGCAAAAGAGAAAACAGCUUCUGAACAGAUAACAGGCAAUGCUCAAGGUUGGUUUUAUCACUAUUUUAGUCAAUCAUGCAUUCAGAAUUGCUUUUUUAAAUUAUUUCUGGAAGAGAGUUAACAGGAGAAGAGCCAAUAGUUAAAUAAAGUAGCCUAACUCUCCUUACAAUACUCGUCUCUCACAAUACUAAAUUAAACAGUUGGUCAUUAAUGUAAGUUAUCUUGAACUUUUGAAAAUUUCAUUACCUUCCAAUGCAACCUUUCUAAGUUUAAAAUAAAAUGGCAGCCUUAAAGCUUUAAUUACACAUACAUCUGGUAAUCCUGCCCUGCUAUUAAUGCAAUAAAGAAAUCAAUAUCUGAUAAGUAUCAAAGUUUAAUUACCUCUUUCUUCAUUAUCCAUUAGCAACCAAAGAUCCCAUAUUAACUAUGGUAGUGGAACAUCUAAGGACAGGAGAUAGAACUCUGAACAACAAUAGCUAAACAAGAAGGAAUAAAAGUAUCUUACUUAAUUAUUUCUAGCACUAGGGCAACUGUUCCCACACAAACAAAUCAAAUAAAAAAAUCCUCACCAUCAGUUGCCAUAACACAUUCUGCUUUACAUUACCAAGCUCAGCUAAAGCAAUUUUCUAGCAAACAUACUAACAUUCAGAAAUUAUUUUCCCUCUUCAUUGUAUUUUUCUCUUAGCUCUUGCUAAAAAAAACCUGUUGACCUUUGUAGGCAUUAUCUGCCCUGCAAUCAUAGAGUAGCAAGAUUACAAGCCAGAGGCUGUAGAAGAUCCUUCUGUGGAGAUAUUUGAAAGCCACCUGCAUGUGACCCUGUGCAACCUGUUCUAGGUGAAUCUGAUUUAACAGGGGGGUUGGUCUAGAUGAUCUCCAGAGGUCACUUCCUUUCCCAAACAUUUUGUGAUUCCAUAGUUACACCUCAGAAAGCCUUAGAGGUCAUCAGUCCUGCUUUGCAGACACAUGCAGUAGGUGAAAUCACAGGUUCAAGUUGUUAAGCAACAGAAGAUAAAGAUUACUGGGACAAUGUGAUAGCAUUAAGGAUUCAGAAUUGUCUUUACUAUGCUGCUGGGGGAAUAUCUACCCUCUUCUUGGAAGCUCUGAAACAUGAGCUUCAUUGUAGUUCUCUCUGCACUCUUGUGUCUGACUCCUGACAUGCUGGAGACGUCUCUGCUGCGUUUGUAGGUCACUAAGAUUGCAGAUUCAGCCCGUCAGGCUCCCCCUUUGUGGGCAGAGAUGGUCUCCUCUUCCCACGAAUAAUAUGGUGUCCUGGGGUGACAUGCCCAAAUUUUACCUAUGCAUAGCUCCUGCAAAAGUGUCCAGUGCCCUUGCCAACUUUACAGUUUAGUUAACCUGAAAUCUGCUCAAUUCCUGCUACCAAGGUAAUUAAACCUCUUCCCUCACUAGCUCCACUUCAAUUAGAAGAAAUACAGAGUUUGUAUUUAUUGCCACAUAUCCCUUGGAAAAACAAAGGUAUUGAACUUCCAUUUAAAUAAAAAAAUCAUUCACAUUAUUUGUGUAAUAAUUAUUCAUAAUUAUAAACAGCACAAUAUUGCAGUAAGAUGUGGUUUAAAAUUUGCCUUCACUACUCCUGUAUGAACGCUGUGCAUGUGUUGAAGCCACUCAAGACUGCAGUGCUAUAAAUAGUGCUCUAUUGUUAGUGGAGAAAAGAUGAAAUAAGUCUCACAGCACUGGAACACUGGACACUGUAUUAAAUGUUAAGCUCUGCCUGUUCUAAAAGUGAAACGCUACAUCAACGGAUAGACUGGUCUGUGGGUAAGACACACAGCUGGGAAGAGCUCAGUCUGACUCUGCAACUUCCCGACACAGCAGGAGCAGCAGCUGAUCCUUCUGCCUCAGCAAUGGCAGAAGCUGUCAUAAGACACUGGGUGGAAACUCCUGUACGCUACCAGGAGCAGUUUGCUGACCAAGAGCUGGAAGCACACAAACUGAACCACCUUUUAUAUGCUUUGCCGGGCCCUGCCACCACUGCACUGAGUGACCAAAGGUGUGCCAGAGAAAGUACGGCUGGGGAGAGCGGCCAGGAGGAGGAAAACACACAUUUUCGGGUCUUGCUGGACGUUGUGCAGUUCCGCCCUGAAGAUAUCAUUAUCCAGACUUUCGAAGGCUGGCUCCUGAUUAAAGCUCAGCACGGACCCAGGAUGGAUGAACAUGGUUUCAUAUCCAGAAGUUUCAUCAGACAAUACAAAUUACCUGAUGGAGUGGAGAACAAAGACUUGUCUGCACUUUUCUGCCACGAUGGCAUUUUGGUUGUUGAAAUGAAGAACUCAGUGGAAAAGAAUUAGAACCAUGUCUGUAGUUAUCGGUGAGAUAAAAUCAUUCUUACUGUAACAAAAUAAUAUCAGUCAUGCAAUGCUGUAGUAAGCAUGUAGCUGAAUUUAUUAAAGCACAGGAAAUUCUUUGUAUAUAUUCUUCUGUAUGCUGAGUUUACUGUUUGAUGUGAAAUGUUAUACUGCUUGCCUGUAGCUACACAUAGGUUGAAAACCCAGGCUGUUUGAAAAGUAGAAAACUUGGGCUAGUCUCACCAGGAGGAAAAAAAAAUCUAUUUGGUAACAUAUUGAAAAUAGAGCACAGUUUUGAGUUAAGUAACAAGAAUUGUACUUCUAAGGAAUAAACAUUUGUCAUACAUAGUCAUAAACAUUGAAGAAGGAACAGACAA